UUACACAGGUUUCUGGAAGCUUAUCCUCUGGAUGAUCUUUCCAGGUCCCUUCCAGCCCUUGAGAUGCUGUGGUCCUGUGAUCCAUCCAAGGCUCAUGGUUUCAGGACAUGUGCAUGGCUGAAGCAACUGCAUCUCUGCUCCAGGUAGAGGAAACCUUCUCAGCAUGCCUGGCACGGAUAGAUGCCCUCAUCCUCAAGCCUCUGCUCCAGGCAGAGCCAAGUGACCAGAAGGGGAAGGAGAACUUCAAGCUCUUUCUGCUCCUGAAUGAUCGAUUUCAAGCUCUCUGGAACCUCACAGAAGAAAAUUACAGGGUACUGAAGCAAAAAUGCAGCACCUCAGAGUCAUUCUGCAUCCAGGACAUUUACCCUGUCUGGAAAGGAGACUUGUUUCUAAGCCUCUACAUCCAGUAUUUCGUCACUUUUGCAAACUACGCUGUGGUGCACGGCUUCGAGCACGCCACCAAGAGCAAAAGCGAAGCUUGGAAGCACCAUAAGACAGUGCUGAAGCAGCUCCUCACAGACUUCACCCCUGAGACCUCCAUGUCACUGGCUUUAUACACUAUUCUUCACAAACCUAUCCGAGAUCAUGUCCAGCAGUAUGUGCAGCUCCUGACCAAGCUGAAAGAGGUUCUCAAGGAGGGCUCUGAGAAGGAUGUUGUUAUCAGUGCCAUCAAGGAAUAUAUGAAGCUGGAGUCUUUCAUCAGCCAAGUCCUGGAUGAAGCUUGUUUCACCAAGGCUUUAUGGAAAUCCUUGAGCUACAAGUUCACGGACAUGCUGUGUGUACCUGAGAGGAGGCUGCUGGAAGAUAGCAAAAACCUUCCCAUCUCCGCCAGCACCAAUCGAUCCGACCGCAUCUUGCUCUUUGAUGACGUCCUUGUGCUCAUUCAGGGGAACAGCUUUCAGAGUUUUGAUCUGAAGCUUGUGUGGGUAGAUGAAAACUGCAAGGAGAAGUCAGCUCCAGGCCUGCACGGACUCCGCAUUGUGACCCCGGAGGAAACGUUCUUUCUCUCUGCCAAAGACCCACAGAUGAAGGCUGUUUGGCAGUGGAAGCUGAACCAGGCUGUCAGACAGGCACUGAAUGGGAAGAGAGAUUUCCCUUUGUGGGGCAAGGCUGGGGAAGGCACCCAGCCCCCAUCCUGCCGCUUCUUCACCUACGUCUUCAGGCUGGAGGGCAAGUUCAAGAGCGCGUCCUACGAGGGCGAGUGGCACUGGGGGAAGCCACAUGGCAAGGGGACGCUGAAGUGGCGAGAUGGACGCAACCACGUCGGAGAUUUCAAGGAAGGCUUGGAGCACGGGUUUGGCAUAUGCCUUGUCCCACGCCGAUCUGAGGACCGGUAUGACUGCUACAAGUGCCACUGGUACGAGGGCAAGAUGAGAGGCUAUGGAAUCUGUGAGUAUGGGAACGAUACGGUCUACAAAGGGUACUUCAAAGACAACGUGCGCCAGGGGUUUGGGAUCCUGGAGAACCUCUCAGCUGAGCAUUCCUUUAAAUACACAGGACAGUGGGAAAAUGACAAGAAGAAUGGAUAUGGAGUCUGGGAAGACAAAGACAGAGGGGAGAGAUACAUAGGGACGUGGCUGGAUGAUCACAAACAUGGACAAGGCAUUGUAGUAACCCAGUCGGGUGUCUGCUAUCAGAGGACAUUUCAUGCUGAUAAAAUGGUGGGUUCUGGGAUUCUGCUGCUGGAAGAUGACUCUGUCUAUGAAGGGAACUUCACAGAAGAUCUGACCUUUGUUGGAAAGGGAAAGCUGUCCUUUGCCAAUGGCUUCAUUCUGGAAGGAACCUUUACUAACAAAUCAGGCCAAGGCCUUCAGACACAUGGCAUCCUGAACACGUCCAACGAGCAGCUGGAUGACAGGAUAACCAAAGCUCAGCUGGGCCUCGAGGAGUUCCCAGUGGAGAAGAGAUGGAAGGGAAUCUAUGACCAGUUCCUGGAGUUCAUCCAUUCUGGCUGCAAAGAGGAAACAGAGGAGUCCUUCACGGGGUUCCAUGUACAAACAAGCAAGGAGCUGAGGAGAUCUCAGGAGUACCUCUUCUGCCAAAGGGGGACUGAGGAUGUAUCCUGGAAGGCAGAGGAUAUUCUUGAGCUUCUCCAGCACCAGGGGCUGGAGUCACUGCAGAGUUAUUUAGAGAAGGCAUUGAAGUCUUCCCUGCACCCACUGGGAAAGCUGCUGAAGGCCUUGAUGAUAGCUUUUCAGGCAACAUAUUCUGGGAUUGGGGCCAACAGACACUUGCUGACUAUGGCACAAGAGGAGGUCAAGUACUAUGCAAAGAAAAUAUGGGAGUUUUACCAGGGUUUGCUCCACCUGGCCCUGGAACAGAAAGGCCAACUGCCCCCAAAGUGUGUGGAUGAAGACACAAGUGACCAGAAGGCAUGCAGUGUGGUCCUGCCACUGAUCUUGCCCUGCUUCUACCCCGAGCUUUUCAUGCUCUACAUGCUUUACCAUGAAAGAGAAGAUGACCUCUACUGCCAAGGGAUCGUGGAUUUAAGUCUGUUUCCUGACAUCAAGCUGCUGGAGUUCCUGGAUGUGCAGAAACACCUCUGGCCUCUGAAAGAUCUCACCCUGACAACCAACCAGAGGCGGUCCCUUAUCAAAGACAAGUGUUUCCUGUCUGCCACAGAGUGUUUGCAGAAGCUGAUCACCACAGUGGAUCCCAGGGAAAAGCUGGUGAUCCUCCAGAAGACAUAUGAGGAGAUAGAGAGCACAGUGUCCCGGGUGCUAGAGAAGGACUACAAGCUCCCCAUGGAUGACCUGUUGCCCCUCCUGAUGUAUGUUGUAUCCAGAGCAAAAAUACAGCACCUGGGGGCUGAAAUCCACCUGAUCAGAGACUUGAUGGACCCCACGAAUCAAGGAGGACUGUAUGACUUUCUGUUAACAGCACUGGAGUCCUGCUAUGAACACAUCCAGAGGAUGAGACUCCACCAAAGAGAGAACUGCCCCAUGCCUCACAGCUCCUGAGCCCCAGCACCCCCAGGGAGCCUCCUCCCUGCUGCACCUUCCUGACCAAACCAACACUGUGGGAUGAAGAAGCAGAGCUGUCGCUGCCCUCCUGCUGCCUUUCAAAAGGGGAACAACAGCUAUCUAUCAGAGGAGGGCUUUCUUGCCCUCUGAAACCAGCUAUGACCAUAAAGCACAGAUGUAGGGAUGCUGUGGGACCUAAAAGCCUUGGACAGACGAGCUCAGCUUGUGUUUGGGGGUCUCUCUGUGGGAUGUGACCAAGGUUUCCUCUGCCCUGCAGUCUGAUUCCACUGUCCUGCCAAGAACAGCCUGCCCUGUAACCUCGUGGAGCUGUUCUCUCAGGUGCUCUGGGUGGCUUUGCUCUGAGGAACCGACUAAGAGGCUGUUUGGUAGUCAAAUGAAAGCCCAAGAACCACGUUGGUGGGGCUGUGUGUGCUUGGCAGGGGCAGGAGAGCCCAUGGCCACACUCCUCAACAACCUGUUGCUGGAGUGCAGUGGCUUUUCCCUUCUAAAAGGGGAAGGUUUGUCCUUUCCUCUUCCUACCUGUGCCAAACUCAGUACCUCUCCACUGCCCUGUAAAGCUGCUAAAUGACUAACUGCCUUGUAUUUAUAACCCUGCAGGCUCCUGGUGACUCUCAGGGAUAUCCCACCUCGCACCUUCAACUUGCCUAGUGCUGCUUUGUAAUGCUGCAGGGGUCCCUGUGUGCCUGAUAGAAGGGACACACACUGUCCUGGGGUGAGGAAUCUCUAAACCUGGUAAGAGAAAACAUAAACCCAGCUGUUGCUCUGCACUGACAGAGCUGCAGGAGCACCAGUUUUCCACGGUGCACAGCAUUGUGCUGCCAGAUUCCCUCCCCACUGUGGCAUCCAGAGGUGAAUGGGGCUGGGUUUUAUGCUGCCUUUAUAAAAGGCAAAGGGAUCAGUUGCUAUCCUGUGCCUAUCAGACCAAACAGAGUCAAGUCUGAGUUGCACAUUUCGAGCAAGAGCUCUUUCAACCUGAUUUUUAACCUGCUUUUGGGGUGGUUUUUAACAGUUUGACUUCAAAUUGUCCAGGUCUGGGACUGGAGGAAAACAAACCAAAACUCUCCAGGCUGUGUCCUCCUGUUUCUCACCAAGUAUUAUGCUUUAAUAAACAGUACAACACUGAUCACAACAGUUACUAGAUUGGUAUGAGAUGAUCCUGAUGGAUGUCUGGCAGUAACUUUGUAUUUAAAUAAAGCUGUUGAGUUUUUAAGAGA